UGUGGGGGUUAGAGGAACUCUGCCAUGGCUUCUCUGGAUGACCCAGGGGAAGUGAGGGAGGGCUUCCUCUGCCCUCUGUGUUUGAAGGACCUACAGUCUUUCUAUCAGCUCCAGUCACAUUACGAGGAAGAGCACUCAGGGGAAGACCAUGAUGUCAAAGGACAAAUUAAAAGUCUUGUUCAGAAGGCUAAGAAAGCAAAGAACAGAUUAUUGAAACGAGAAGGAGAUGACCGAGUAGACUCAGGCACCCAAGGAUAUGAGUCUUUCAGCUAUGGAGGGGUUGACCCUUACAUGUGGGAACCUCAGGAACUUGGUGCUGUGAGAAGCCAUCUUUCCGACUUCAAGAAACACCGAGCUGCCAGAAUCGACCACUAUGUUGUUGAAGUCAAUAAAUUAAUAAUCAGGUUAGAGAAGCUCACUGCGUUCGACAGAACCAACACCGAGUCCGCUAAGAUCCGAGCAAUCGAGAAAUCGGUGGUGCCUUGGGUCAACGACCAGGAUGUCCCCUUCUGUCCUGACUGUGGAAAUAAGUUCAGCAUUCGGAACCGACGCCACCAUUGCCGCCUUUGUGGGUCUAUCAUGUGCAAGAAGUGCAUGGAGCUCAUCAGUCUGCCCUUGGCAAACAAGCUCACCAGUGCCAGCAAGGAAUCCUUGAGCACCCACACCAGCCCCAGCCAGUCCCCGAAUAGCGUCCACAGCUCCCGCCGGGGGAGCAUCAGCAGCAUGAGCAGUGUGAGCUCCGUCCUGGAUGAGAAGGACGACGACCGGAUUCGCUGCUGUACGCACUGCAAGGACACACUGGUCAAGAGAGAGCAGCAAAUCGAUGAGAAGGAGCACACACCCGACAUCGUGAAGCUCUACGAGAAAUUGCGACUUUGCAUGGAGAAAGUUGACCAAAAAGCUCCUGAAUACAUCCGGAUGGCAGCAUCAUUAAAUGCUGGUGAGACAACUUAUAGCCUGGAACAUGCCAAUGACCUCCGGGUGGAAGUACAGAAAGUGUAUGAGCUCAUCGAUGCUUUAAGUAAGAAGAUCUUAACCCUGGGCUUGAAACUGGAGCCUCCACCGCACCCAAACUCCCUGCGGCUGCAGAGGAUGAUCAGGUACUCAGCCACGCUCUUCGUGCAGGAAAAGUUGCUGGGUUUGAUGUCGCUGCCUACCAAAGAACAGUUUGAGGAACUGAAAAAGAGAAGGCAGGAGGACAUGGAGAGGAAGAGGGCCCUGGAGCGCCAGGCCGCCUUGGAAUCUCAGCGAAGGCUGGAGGAGAGACGGAAUGAUCUGGGGACUGGUGCAGCCAAUGGGGAUGUGGCGUCGCUACGGAGGGGCCCGGCCCCCAUGAGAAAGGCUGAGGGCUGGCUCCCCCUGUCUGAAGGCCAGGGGGAGAGAGAAGACUCGGAUCCCCUCCUUCAGCAGAUCCACAACAUCACCUCCUUCAUCAAGCAGGCCAGGGCCGCGGGCCGGGCAGACGAAGUCCGCACCCUGCAGGAGAACCUGCGCCAGCUGCAGGACGAGUACGACCAGCAGCAGACCGCCAGGGCCAUCGAGCUGUCCCGAAAGCAAGCUGAAGAGGAGGAUCUGCAGCGGGAGCAGCUGCAGAUGCUGCUGGAGCGCGAGUGGGAGCGGGAGCAGUUGCAGGCCGCCUCCCUGCACAACCACAACCGGACUCGGUCCCUGGAUUUCCGGGAAGUCCGGCCCUUUCAGCUGGAGCCAUAUGCCAAGCCUCCCUUGGAGCCACGUUUCCACCCGGCUUCUUCCACUUUGGACCUGGACGCUUCUCCGGUUGAGAGCAGGGUGGCUUCCCAGACCCCGUCGCCCAACUCGGCUCCCGAGCCUAGCAGAGUCUGGCCUGGGCCCCCAGUCUCCAUGCCACAGCUGGACCUGGCGCCCUCCCUGAACCCUUUUGAGGACGACCUCUCUAGUCCCCCGGAUGAAGGCUCUUCCAGUCCUGCUGCAGAGCCUCCUGCUUCUGCUCCUUCAGAUCACAAGCCCAGAGAGUACAACCCUUUUGAGGAGGACGAUGAGGAAGAGCCCACUGCAGGGAGUCCAUUCAAGGACUUGCAUGGCCCUGCCCCUAAUCCCUUUGACAACGACGAGGAUGAGCGACCCCACCACCAGCCAGCAAGCCCCCCGGUCCCCGGCAACCCCUUCGAGGAAGUCGUUGGCACCAACCCCUUCGAGGUGGACAGUGACAGCGGGCCGGAGGCCGAGGCGCCCAUCGAGGAGGAGCUGCUCCUCCAGCAGAUCGACAACAUCAAGGCCUACAUCUUCGACGCCAAGCAGUGCGGCCGCCUGGACGAGGUGGACGUGCUGACAGAGAACCUCAAGGAGCUGAAGCACACGCUGGCCAAACAGAAGGGUGGCACUAGCUGA